GCUAUAAACCACUAUCUCUUUCUGCUCCAUUUCUAUCCACUUCAAGCAAAAAUCUAUUCCCUUCCAUGGCUGCUUCUUCUUCUUCCUCUCCUCUCUUUCUCUUCCCCCCUCUCUUUCUCCUUCUCAUCUCUCUCACCCACGCCCAAACAUCAUUCCAACCAGACGCCCUCGUUCUUCCGGUACUCAAGGACGCCAGGACCCUCCAGUACGUGGCCCACAUUAAUCAACGGACCCCACUUGUCCCUGUAAAGCUAGUCAUCGAUCUCAGCGGUCGAUUCCUUUGGGUUGAUUGCGAUUCAGGCUACGUGUCAUCUUCUUACCGUCCGUCCCGUUGCCGUUCUUCCCAAUGCUCAUUAGCCAAUGCUAACAGCUGCGGCGAUUGCUUCUCAGGACCUCGUCCUGGCUGCAACAACAACGCAUGUAGUCUCUCCCCGCAGAACACCUUCAUCCACACAAGCACCAGCGGCGAACUUGCAGAAGAUCUUGUUUCCAUCCAAUCCACGGAUGGCUCGAGCCCCGGUCCCAUCGUCACCGUUCCACGCUUCCUCAUCUCAUGUGCCCCCACAUUCCUCUUACAAGGCCUCGCGACCGGCGUUAAAGGAAUUGCAGGCCUGGGACGAACUCGAAUUGCACUCCCUUCGCAGUUCGCCGCUGCAUUUAACUUCGAUCGGAAAUUCGCUAUCUGUCUUUCAUCAUCAACGGCAUCCAACGGUGUGAUAUUCUUCGGCGAUGGGCCUUACAUGUUUCUUCCGAAUGUUGAUGUUUCCAAGUCUCUUAUGUACACUCCCCUCCUCACCAGAAGCUCAGUGCAAGGUGAGCCGUCUGAUGAGUACUUCGUUGGUGUGAAGGCGAUCAAGAUCAACGGAAAACAAGUCCUGCUGAAUACGUCGUUGCUGUCCUUCGAUAGCGAUGGUGUCGGUGGUACGAAAAUCAGCACCGUUUAUCCUUACGCUGCUCUAGAAACUUCCAUCUACAAGGCUUUCACUGAAGAUUUCAUUAGAGAAGCUAAAUCCAUGAAUAUCACUACGGUGGCGCCGGUGGCGCCUUUCGAUGUGUGUUUUAGGUCGAAUAGCAUUGGGAGCACACGAGUGGGGGUCGUUGUUCCGACGGUGGAUCUUGUUUUGCAGAGCGAGAGUGUGUAUUGGAGAAUUUUGGGGGCGAAUUCGAUGGUGUCUGUGAAUGAUGACGUGGCAUGUCUGGCAUUCGUUGAUGGUGGGUCCAACCCUAGAACGUCGAUCGUUAUUGGGGGCCACCAGUUGGAGGAUAAUCUUCUACAGUUUGAUCUGGCCAGUUCAAGACUAGGGUUCAGCUCAUCACUUCUCUUCAGGCAAACCACAUGUGCCAACUUCAACUUUACAUCCAAUGGUUGAAGGAUGAUGAUAUUGCUAUUUGUUUGAUGAUUUGUUUCGAUAAACUGUAUGAUGAGCUUAUGGAUAAACGGCCUUGAUUUCUUGUGUCGGCCUGGUCCACUUGUUAAAUUACUUUGGCAUAUUAUACAAUGAAAUGUAACGUCUUUUUUGUUU